CACACUCCUCCACAAAAAUGGCAUCCUACACCCCCUACGCGAUCCAGCACAUCAACCUCUCGGUCCCAGAGGGCACGCUGCACCUCGCGGAAGAGUUCUACGGCGAGGUGAUUGGGUUCCCUAGCGACCCGGUGCCGAGCCUGCAGAAGGACUCGUUGCGGUGGUUCCGUGUCGGCGGCGGACAGCAGAUCCACAUCAGCUUCGACACCCCCACACGCCCGGAUACCCGCGCCCAUCCAUGCUUCUCCCUCCCGACCCCCGAGGCGCUCAACGCCCUGCAGACGCGGAUUUGGGAGCAUAGGUCCAAGGGCGGCCCGGCGGCUGCGCUCGCUGCUGACCAGCCAGGAGAGGAGAACUCUGGCUCCAAGGGCGUGGAGUACCCCACGCGCUUCUUUGCGCGCGACUAUGCGGGUAACAGGCUCGAGUUCAACGUUCACCCGCAGUGAUGAUGCAGUGAUGUGCAUAGGCAG